AUGGUGGUCGUGGUCGACCUCGUGGACAUUCAGAUCGCAUCCAUGAUGAAGAGGUUGAAAUUGCGCCCGCGUUUAGUCUUGAAACCACGCACAACUGAUCCAGCUGAACUGGAGGCAAAACGGAAGCGAGAGGCUGAAGAAGAAGCUGCACGCCGUGCAAAGCUUUUCCAGGAAGUAAAGGACUUUUCGGAUGGUUGUGGAGCGAAAUUUAACAUCGUUGUGGUUUCCGACGCAUUCAUUGGAAAGAGAGUCAUAGAAUGUCACAGGUAA